AUGUCCUACCCUAUGGUCUUUCCGCCGUCCACCAUCCGGCCUUUGCCAGGCGGUACGACACUCGUCUCUGCACAGCCGGCCGCUCCCACCGCCGCCGUCAUGUCCACCGAGUCCUUCGAUGCGCCCGAGGGCAUGUAUGUCUGCACCUCCCGCUUCACCCCUCCACCGCAGCCCAUGAUCCACCUCAACCCCGUACCCACCACGCAGCUCGCUCUGUCCGCAGUCUACCCAACCCCGCGCGUCUCCACCGUCAGCCUCCGCUAUCCCGUCUCCUCUAAAAACGCAAAGGGCGCCGACUCCAACGCUGCCGCGGAUGCUGCCGCCUCGUCUGCACGCGUCGUCCUUCUCGAAGCGCCACUCGCUUCACAGGGCAUCGAUGCUCCAUCUUCGAGCUUGACGGGCGGCCUGCCUCCAGGAAGCUCCGGCCCCUUGACAGGCAUCGCCGGCAUCGGCGGCGCUGGCAUGGGCUUUGCCGGCCUCGGCGAAUCCAUGGGCAAGCUCAGCCCCAAACCGUCGCGUCCCAAGAACAGCCUCAAAAACACCUCGAGCAACUUUGUCAAUCGCAUGAUGACCCACCCGGAUCUCGCAAAGAUCCUCGCUGCGCGCUCCGACUCGGAGCACUUCACCUUCCUCACCAACGCCCGCUCCUUCUUCUGGCUCGCAGACACCAACGGCAGGACAAAGGAGAGCCUCGCUCGCAUCACUUUCAGCGCUUCUCCAUCCGCCCACGACGUCAACCACUUCACCCGCGCCCACGACCGCCUCGACAUCGUCAUCGGCUUUGUCACCGGCGAUAUCAUCUGGCUCGACCCCAUCGCUUCCAAGUACACCCGCAUCAACAAGAGCGGCUGCAUCACCAGCUCCGCCGUCACCCAACUCCGCUGGCUGCCUGGAAGCGAGAACCUCAUCAUGGCUGCGCACGCAGACGGCUCCGUUCUCAUCUACGACCGCGAGCGCGAGGACUCGAGCGACUUUUCCCCCGCCACCUGGGACGCCUUUGCCGGCGACAGCACCGCUUCCUCCUCCAGCGCCGCUCUUCAGUCCGUCGUUGCUGCCUCCACCGCACCCUCCUCCGCACCCAUGUCCGCCAGCCAGACCUCGGCCUCCAAUGCCUCCUUCGCCUCCAACUCGGCGACCGGCCCGUCGACGAAUGGCCUCGGCAGCAGCAUCACCGAAUCGCGUCCCGUCCUUGGCUCUCGCACCGUCACCAGCUCCACACAUGCCACCACCACCACCCACAACGAUGCAGGCGAAGCCGCCGUGUCCUCCAGCAGCGGCAGCGCUACACACCUCCCCAAACCAAAAUCGCACACCCCGCCCGGCACACUCUCGCAGCGUCGUCAGGCCGCCGAUCCCUCCUCCUCGGGUCAGCCUCUGCUGCUCGUCACCAAGCCAGGCUCCGUGCCCAUCGCCUCCGGCUUGCCCUCGGGCGCUGCGUUGCAUUCGCGAGAAUACCAGCAAGCCGCAGCCGCGGCGGCGGUAGCGGCCGCCAACGCCGGCUCCAACGGCAACGGACUCUCGGGCAAGGGAAAAGAGACGUCGUGGGCGCGGCUCAAUCCGGUCUCGCACUGGGCCGUGGCCAAGACGCGCAUCACCGACUUUGCCUUUUCGCCCGACUACUCGCACGUGGCGCUCGUCGCCGACGAUGGCAUCCUGCGCAUCGCCGACCUCAACGCCGAGCGGCUGCUCGACACCUUUGAGUCGUACUUUGGCGGCCUCCACUGUGUCGCCUGGUCGCCCGACGGCAAGUUUGUGCUCACGGGCGGACAGGACGAUCUCGUCACCGUCUGGGCGCCCAGGGAAGGCAGGAUCGUGGCGCGCUGCCAGGGACACACGGCGUUUGUGUCGGCGCUGGCUUGGGACCCGUGGCGGUGGUCUUCGGACGAUCGCACCUAUCGAUUCGCCUCGGUGGGUGAAGACUGCAAGAUGAUCUUCUGGGACUUUUCGAGCGCCGCGCUCAAUCGGCCCAAGACACACGCGCCGCACGGCGUGGGCCCGCGACGCAGCUCGGUCGGGCUCGGCUCGACGUACUCGCUCGUGGACAAGCACGGCGCCUCGUCGAUGCGAUCUCCGGGAUCGGUGCUCAACGCACGCCGCAUCAGCACGAGUGCAGGCGUCGGGCUCGGAUACGAUCGUACCGCAGUCACCGACGAUACCAUCCGGCAUCCUGCACUGCCCCGCUCCGAGGUGGCCAUCCUGCAGCCGGUGGUGACGGUGGAGGUGGACGGCGAGAUUCCGGUGGGACUGCGAUUUGGACCGGACAAGGUGGCGGUGGUGCGCAAGAACGCCGCCAUCGACACGUUUACACGCCCCAUGCCCAAGAGGCCCACGAGCGUAGUGGCAUCGCUGACCGCGGGUAUGGACAGGACGAGCUGGCCUGCAGGAGCGCGCACUACGCGAUGGUCCGCAUCCACGCCCGCCUCGCAAGCCGCACUCACGAUCAACACCAAUGGCGCACUGCCUACCCACUCGCAGCAUCCCUCAGCAACCACACCCACUACACCACGUCAUCCUACCGACACAAGCCAAGGCAUCACAGCCUGA